CACUCGCGCUAACCAACUCGCCGAAGUCGCUAACCGUCUCUUCUUCAUCGUCUCGGAAGUACUACUCCAUCAUAACUUCUCCUGCUCACACUCAAAAUCAGUCACUUCUCUCUCUCUAGCUCUCUCACUCUCUCUCUCUCUAGUUCUCUCUCGGUUCCUCAGCUAUGGCGAUCGAGCCACUGCGGCUCUCGAUCCUCAUCGUAGCCAUCUUCUUCUCCGCCUCCGCGACCACAACCGCCCUGGACGAAGCUCCCUUCGCUUCUUUGCCGCCGCCGCCGUCGCCGCCGCAAGAGCCGAUAGGCGACUCGCUCUCGCCGACCUCGCUCUUCGAGCCCGUCCUCUCCCACCUCGGCUUCCACGACCUCGCCAUGGCGGUCCCCUCGCUCACCGACUCGCCGUCGUUCGCGGCGUGGAACGGGCCUUCCACCCUCUUCGCUCCCUCCGAUUCCUCCAUCGAGUCCUGCGCCACCUGCUCCAUCCCCCGCAUCCUCAGCGAACACAUCGUCCCGGGCCUCUUCAGCUUCAGCUACCUCCAGAAGCUCGCCUUCGGCACCAAGGUCGAGACGAUGAGCUCCGGCCGCUGCCUCACCGUCACCUCGGGCACUCACCGCCCGACCAACACCACCAGGAUCUUCGUCAACGGCGUCGAGAUCUCUCGCCCCGACAUGUUCAACAACGGGAUCGUCGUCGUCCACGGCCUCGAAGGCUUCGUCGCGCCGCUGUCUCCUUUCUCCUGCAGCGUCGAGAAGCUGACGCCCCUGGCGUUCCCGCUCCAGCCGCCGGUAUCCUCCUCUCCUUCGCCGCUCAUGCGCCUGAUGCUGCGCGACGCGGUGCUGCGGCUCCGGACCAGCGGAUUCGGCAUCCUGGCGCUCGCGAUCAAGAUCAAGUACCCCGAGCUGGUGAAUCUCCAGAACGCCACCAUCUUCACCGUCGACGACUUAUCGAUUUUCUUCGGCGCGGUCAGCUACGUCAGCAACGUGCGUUUCCACAUCGUGCCCAACCAGUACCUCGCGAUGGCCGACCUCCAGAGGCUCCCUGCGGGGACGGUGCUGCCGUCGCUGGAGAGGGGGCAGUAUCUGGCGGUGACGACGGCAGGCGGACCCGCGACGCUGAGGAUCAACUACGUGAGGAUGAAGAGCCCCGACGUGAUGAAGAAUCAGAAGGUCGUGGUGCAUUCCUUGUUCCUGCCGUUCCCUCACCUCCACCCUGCGUCCCUCGAUGGACUGAUCAACGGUCAAAAUCACAUCGAGGAGAACGUCGCCACCCCUAACCAGAGUAUGACGGACUCGUGCGCUGUUCUUGAGGAGCACGAAGGCUGCGAUGUGAUCCCUCCACCAAGUUUCCAUGGUCUGUGACGCUUGGUCUUGCCACCUUCAGUUUGAAUCGUGGGACUGGCUUCAAUAAAGCUUGAACUGCAUACAGAGGAAUGAAUGGGUAAAUUGACCUCUUUCAGUGACGCUUUGUUUGGUCCCCCCAUUUUGUUUCUCUUAUUCUCAUGAUAUCCGACGUACAUCAUAUAUUGCUGCUUAUGGAGAAAAACCGUAGACGAUGCACGACUUUGAGAAAAGUCCAUGAAAUUGAUCGCUCUGAUGCCUUCUAUGAUCAAUUUGUUUCAUCCGCGGCUAGCUUAGUUCAUUUCCAUUCGCAUUGGUCAGACGGAGAACCCAAAUGUCAGCGAUCGUAUGAUCACAAGCGUCUGUCUCGCGAUAGAUCUUCGGAAAAUCGCCGUACAGGGAACACCCAGUCCAACCCACAAAUAAAACAUAACCACUAGAAAGAGUUCAACAGCGGAUGUUGCAGUGCUUCGGCCUUGAAAACCAAGCUUUCGACGAAAAACACCAGCACAUGGAAAUGUCGAAAGAGCAGAAAACACAUGCGAGCUACUAUCACCUUACCUAGGAAGUUAUAUACGCAUAUCUGAAAGAGCUAUUAGCCGGGAUCCCGAAUUGGACAGUGGUUACCACCCAAAUAAACCAUUAAACCAACCAAAAUUGACUAACAAAUAUUUCACAAGCUACUACUACAUAACUUGAAAAGAAUUAUCACACAUCAUGUACAACAGAUUCACGGUUCCUCUUCCCACCAGUCUGAAAAAAAAAAAGAAAGUGGCCAGAAAAAGAACCUAAUAAUACAUUUCGUGCGGAAUUACACUUUCGCUUCAAAAAUCUUCGAUAUAGCUUGCUUGGGAAGAGAACUUGAACAAAAUCAGGCACGGCUGAUGGACAGCAUUCGAGAAGGGCUUCAACCUCUUGGGAAACCCCCUCAGAU